GCGUCUCGCGGGGGCGCGCGCGCGGGCACGGGCUCGCUCCCCAGGGGGCAGUUGGCGGCGGGAGCGGGCGGCGGGGUCGUGGUUCCUAGAGCAGCCCCGGCUGCUAGGCCGGCGCCUGCGUUGGCGGACACUCACACGAAGGACCGGGUGGCUCAGCCGCCGGAAAGGCAGGGCCCGCCGCCGUCGGACGGAGGCUCUGGACUCCCACAUUCUGAAGAGAGACCCAUCUGCCAGAGGGCUGAAGGUGGCCUUGAGGGCCAUGCUCUGGGUCUCAGGAUGCCCCUGCCUGAGCCCAGUGAGCAGGACUGUGAGAGCCUGAGAGCUGGCCAGGAGCCAUCUCUUGGAGCCAGGAAGCCUCAAGAGUCCUCCAAUCUGGUCCCGGCCAAGGAUAAAGAGAGACCCAAGCCGACAGAUGUCGCGUCCCAGGAGACAUCUGGCACUGCAACCCUACCUAACAAUACUCUCCAGGUUGCACCAGUCAAGAAGCAAGGACGGAUAAUUCACCGGAAACGUAGUAGGGUAGAUGCAGUUCCCCCUCAGCCUCUGGAGUUCCUAAAGACCCCAUUUGGGGGCCGCCUUCUGGUGCACAAGUCAUUCCUGUACAAGCAAGAGAAGGCUGUGGGGGACAAGGUGUACUGGAAAUGCCGCCAGCACUCAGAGCUAAGCUGCCGGGGACGGGCCAUCACCCGUGGCUUUCGAGUCACAGAGAUGCGGGACCACUGUCACCCACCUGAGAAGGAGGGCGUGGACAGGAAAAAGCGCCACAGGGGAAGGCCGCCCAGCUCAGCCCUGCCUGAGGGCGCUGAAGUCCAAGAAGAUGAAGUGAGCCUAUGGUUGUACCCUGUGGAGCCAGAACCCACUCCUCAGCCAAGCACUGAAGCCCCAGAGGAGGAGCAGGGGUACCGGUCCCUGGCACUGCAGAGCCUGCCUCCCAAGAAACGCCCUACACCAGGAGUGGUACGGUAUCAGCCUCUUGAGUUCCUGAAGACGUGCUAUGGGGGUACCUUCCUGGUGCACCAGUCCUUCCUCUACAAGCGGGAAAAGACAGUAGGAAGCAAGGUGUACUGGACCUGCCGGGAACAUGCAGUCCAUGGCUGCCGUAGCCGAGCCAUCACCCAGGGCCAGCGUGUGACAGUGAUGCGCAGCCAUUGCCACUCACCUGACAUAGAAGGCUUACAGGCCCGGCGACAGCAGGAGAAGACCAUAAAGAAGAUACAGGCAAGGCGAAUUGGGGCUGGGGACUUGGAGGAUUGCGAUGACAUAGAGGACUCACUGCUGCAAGGAGUGGACAGCCUGUUCUACCGCAGAGGGCCGGGCACACUGACUCUCAGUAGGUCCAAGUCCAAGUCCAAAUCCAGGUCCAAGUCCAAGUCCAAGUCCAGGUCCAGAUCCAGAAAACGAGCCAAGAAGCAGCAGGAAUCCUUGCAGGAGCCCCCCGAGGAGGACCAGGAUGUGGACCCCGGAGGCCCAGAGUUCCUAAAGACCCCUCUAGGGGGCAACUUCCUGGUGUAUGAGUCCUUCCUCUACAGACGGGAGAAAGUGGCCGGUGAGAAGGUGUACUGGACCUGCCGGGACCAGGCACGCAUGGGUUGUCGCAGCCGUGCCAUCACUCAGGGCAGGCAGGUGACUGUGAUGCGAGGCCACUGUCAUCCACCAGACCUGUUAGGAUUGGAGACUCUGAGGCAGCGGGAGAAACGCCCAGGCCCCUCUCAGUGGGAUGGCCCAGAAGGGCCUGAGUUCCUAAAGACCCCUCUAGGAGGCAGCUUCCUGGUAUAUGAGUCCUUCCUCUACAGACGGGAGAAAGCAACUGGUGAUAAGGUGUACUGGACCUGCCGGGACCAGGCACGCAUGGGCUGUCGCAGCCGAGCUAUCACACAGGGCCAACGGGUGAUGGUCAUGCGCAGGCACUGCCAUCCACCGGACAUGGGUGGCCUGGAAGCCCUUCGGCAGAGGGAGAACUUCCCUAACCUGACCCACUGGGAAGGCCCAGAGCCCCUGCAGCCACUGGAGUUCCUGCGGACACCCCUUGGAGGCCGCUUCCUGGUGUAUGAGUCCUUCCUGUACAGGAAGGAGAAGGCUGCUGGUGAGAAAGUGUACUGGAUGUGUCGAGACCAGGCUCGGCUGGGCUGCCGCAGCAGAGCCAUCACCCAGGGCCGGCGGGUCAUGGUGAUGCGGAGCCACUGCCACCCACCUGACCUGGCUGGCCUGGAGGCCCUGCGGCAGCGGGAGAAGGCCCCCAGUGCAGCCAAGAAGAAAAAGAAGAAGAAGAAGAAGAAGAAAGGAAAAUCAAAGAGCAAAAACUGAGCAGCCAGUCCUGCUGAAGUGAGCCUUCUCUGGAGCGACAGAGGAGCAGCUGGCACCCCAAAUGCUUCCCAUCCUUGCAGGCAUUUCCCAUCAUUCAGAUGCACUUGAUGACAGCUCUUCCAAAGAACCCAGGACUGUCACAUUUCCUCAGAGGUCUCCCAGGAGGAGUGCUUGGACUUUGGGUGGUAACCAAGCUGGAUGGGUGGCCUGCAGGCCUGUCCCAUGCUGCUCUUACCAUUCUGACCUUAGACAGCUGUGGAGAAGUGUGUCUGGAUGAUAUACCUCUGUCCUGCUCUGCUGUCCAGGCCUCAGCACCAUCUGCUUUCAGAGCACGCUGCCUUGCUGAGAGCUUUCUAGUGGGCGUGAUCCCCUGUGCGCUCGCUCCAUGAAGUUCAGCAAAAUGCAGUCACCCCAAGCCAGGAUAUGUGCAGGAACUUCUUGCCACCCUCUGAAGACAGUGCAAGUCACAGCAGGGUUUUGUUUUGCUUUGUGGCAUCUUUUAGGGGCAGGUGUGAGGCCUGCCUGAUCUUUAGUCACUUGCUGCUUGCUAAGGCACAUCCAGCCCUGACUGUGGCAGAGUGGGACAAGCUAAAGGCUUCGCUCUACCUCCCUGGCAGACUUUGCACCCUGCGUUCUUUCCCAACUUAAACCUGUGUCCACAGUUCUUGGGAGCCAGCCCAGAUGUCAGGAGGAGGUGACUCCAGGUAGGUAUGCUCUAGUGGCAGCGGCAUCACUGAGGGUUGCUCACCUGGUGUCACAUGAUGCACCAGGUCAGUUAGAUGGCAUCAAAGCCACCUCCUGUAGAAGAGUUUAGCAGGAUUCAGGAGCCAUGCCAGUAGUGGCACUCUAAUGUCCCCAGGAACGGCAGAAUUUCCUGCGUGCUGCACCCUGGCCAGAGCUGUCCUCAUCAUGUCAUAGAGCUGCAUGCUCCUCUCCCUUAGCAAGCAAGCCGUGGAGCAGCCACCCCUGUGGGAUAGUAAUGGCCUGGUGCCUGCCGCUGUCUUCUGCUCAUCUGAUUCCCUCAAUAAACCCUGUGUAGUCUCAUGGUACAGA